UCUGUAUUCUUAAUUUUACUGAUCCGGAUAUCGGUCUAGAUAGCGACGGGUGAGCUUCCAGAAUAUUUCAGGGUAAAUAAGCAAUUAAAGUACUUGUACCUCGCUUUCCGAGAACUAGAAGUGGAUGGCCAAGUACUGCUACUCUAAUGAAUGCUUCAGGACGACUUAUGUCAUCCGCAACCAGCUUCACUUGUCGAGUGCGUCCACCGAGUUGUGUCGGCACCUUACUUGCUGACCGUUUUGCCUAAUACAAACUCUCACAGUUAGAGACAGGGCAAGACACUUCUAGUUACCCCAAGCUUCACUAUUCCUCUCUCUUACACUGACCUUUGAGUAUCUCUUUUAUCUCCGGUUGCUGUCUCCUGAGCCUUCAAAACAGGAGAAACUCACUCGACAGUGUCCCGACCUCCGACGAUAGCAGUAGUUCACGAUGCGGUUGUCCCGGGACGCUGCAGCUGUCUCAGCGUUCAGUUUAUUGCAAUUUGCAUCACUCUCUUCAGCGAUUACUUUUGACUGUGAGCAUGUCGUGGUCGAGGGCAAGUCAUUUGAUCUGAGCCCUCUCAGCGGGCCUCACUCAGUAUCAUGGGUUCGACCGCACCCGCCGAGCUUAUAUAACACUACUUUUACGGUUGAUGUAUGCAAGCCUCUCAAGCGUACCAAAGGCGUGCCGAAAGAUGAAGAGUGCCCCAGCGGAACAAGAGUAUGCGGUAUUGAGCGCAUAAUCAACAAGGAAGAAGACAAGGACGUCAUUGGCGGUGUGUAUCCCAUUGCAGGAGACUUCAUCCACGAGUCCCGGCCGCUCGACGCACGAGUUACCAGAUUAAAAUCGUCCACGUCAGACGAUGAUGCAGACAAGGAAGGAGUUCGGUUAGAAUUAAAUGGCGGAAAAUUUCCAUUCAGCAGCCAUAGUGGCCGUAAGCAAAAGGCUGUAGUUGAGUUUCUCUGCGAUGCGGAUCGGACUGGACUAGAAUUGGACGAGCCUUCUUCGGACGAGAAGGACAGUAAAAAGGAUGAGAAGAAGGACGACGAAGAAGAAGAAAAAUCAAAACGGAGCUCUACUGCCGCUGUAGAGAAAGCCGACGACUCUCAGGAUGACCUUCCCGACGACGAUGAGGAUGACGACAAAAAUAAGAGCAAUGCCAGCUUGCAAUUCGUCAGCUACGGCGCGGAACAGGACAUUGAUGUCUUGUAUCUGGAAUGGCGGACCAAAUAUGCCUGCGAGGGUAUUAAAAAUGGCGAUGAUAACGAUAAUAAGGAUCAGCCAAAGCAGAAAGGCAGCUGGGGCUUCUUUACUUGGCUCAUCAUCGUUGUCUUCCUCGGCAUUGCAGCAUAUUUGAUUUUUGGUUCCUGGCUAAACUACAACCGUUACGGUGCAAGAGGCUGGGAUCUUCUACCUCACGGCGAUUCUAUUCGGGAUAUCCCCUAUCUGCUCAGAGACUGGACACGCCGAGUCAUUAGUACAGUCCAAGGAGGCGGUUCGCGGGGCGGCUACAGCGCUGUGUAGAUACCUUGAUUUUACUUGUCUAUUUCUUUUUUUUAUUUGUGUCAGAAAGCGUCAGAAAGCCUCAUUGAAUUUCCCCCACAUCCAGAAGCCUCAAACAUUACUUAUUUUAACCCUUGUUAUAAUAUUCAUUUACAUUAUUCACGGUAGUCCCUGUGUACUUUUCUUCUAUUGACCACUACAUUAUUUGGGCUCCUGUGCUCCUUGUUUUUCUUCCGUUGUCGUUUUCUGUCCGUCGAGGAAUUCAGCAAACAAGCAAGCAAGCAAGCAUGGUACUGUUGUUGAAGCCAUGUUUUUUUGAAGACUUUGUUCUUGUGCCAGAUAUAUAUAAACUCAAUUCAAAUUUGCCAUA